AUGAGCCAGGUUCGGCCUGAGGUUUUUGAUCCACAGCGAAUCCGCACUAUCCCUCUUGCCCUAAGGUCAAAUGUUGAGGGUAUGCUUCAGGAUCGUAUCAGAAAAGGGGUGUUUGAGCGCUGCCAUAGCUCAUACCGGAACCCUUGGUUUCUUGUUAAGAAGAAGGUUGCAGGGACGUAUCGCAUUGUGACAGCAGCAAUGAAGCUUAAUUUAGUGACGAUUCGUGAUGCUAAUAUUCCGCCGGGUGCUGACGAGUUUGUCGAGGAGUUCUCAGGAAUGCCGGUGAUGUCAUUAGUGGAUCUGUUCUCGGGAUAUGAUCAGCUUCCUCUGGAUGAAAGAGACCGUGAUAUGACAGCGAUUCAAACCCCUAUUAGCCUCCUUAGGCAGACGACUAUCCUGCAAGGCGCUACCAACUCUAUUGCACAAAUUCAAAGGGUCCUAGAAUGGAUACUGCAGUCAAUAUAUGGCAAGAAGGUGCGAGGCUAUUUGGAUGACUUACCAAUCAAAGGACCUAAGACGAUAUAUAAUGGGGAGUUCUCCUUUCCGGGUGUUCGACGCUUCGUACUAGAGCACAUUCAAAACCUUGAUCACACACUCUACUUACUAGAGCUUGCCGGCAUGGUGAUCUCUGCUGAGAAAUCCUAA